AAAGGAUAAUUCAGCUCCUGCCCGCAGAUGGCAUGCACGUCCUUGUCCUACAAGGUUAGGGAUCCAUUUAAUCUGUGGAGGAGAGGAGUGAAUUAAAAUAAAUGAUGGCUCGACAUUUAUUGCAUUCCGUUACGGGGUGAAGGAGAGAUUGGGGAGGAGGGAGAAGCUGUGGUUGGAGAGAGGGAAGCUAGGGAUGGAGGGAAUCGAGGGAUGGAGAGAGGCAGAGAUAGAGUAAGGAAAGAUAGAGAGAGGGACGGGAGUAUCCACCGGUCAGGUCGUGGUGACAGUGGAUCAACACUGGCAUAGGAUGUUAGCAAACAAUAUAUUGUUCUCUGAACAGAGAAGGGAAUAGAAGUACAGCACCUCUACUGGUGGUCACUGGAUCUUCCCUCUAUCUAGUGGUGGUCACUGGAUCUCCUGUCUAUCUACUGGUGGUAACUGGUCCUAGCAUCUAUCUACUGGUGGUCACUGGAUCUCUGCACUAUCUACUGGUGGUCACAGGAUCUUCUCUCUAUCUAGUGGUGGUCACUGGAUCUUCCCUCUAUCUAGUGGUGGUCACUGGAUCUCCUCUCUAUCUACUGGUGGUCACUGGUCCUAGAAUCUAUCUACUGGUGGUCACUGGAUCUCUGCUCUAUCUACUGGUGGUCAUAGGAUCUCCACUCUAUCUAGUGGUGGUCACUGGAUCUCCUCUCUAUCUAGUGGUGGUCACUGGAUCUCCGCUCUAUCUAGUGGUGGUCACUGGAUCUCCUCUCUAUCUAGUGGUGGUCACUGGAUCUCCGCUCUCUCUAGUGGUGGUCACUGGAUCUCCUCUCUAUCUAACGGUGGUCACUAGUCCUCCUCUCUAUCUAGUGAUGUCACUGGAUCUCCCCUGUAUCUAGUGGUGGUCACUGGAUGUUUGCUCUAUUUAGUGGUGGUCACUGGUCCUCCUCUCUAUCUAGUGGUGGUCACUGGUCCUCCUCUCUAUCUAGUGGUGGUCACUGGAUCUCCGCUUCAUUUAGUGGUAUUUAAUGGUCCUCCCCUCUAUCUUUUUACGUUCACUGUUUCUCAUCUCUCUCUAGUGGUGGUCACUCGAUCUCCGCUCUAUCUACUGGUGGUCACUGGAUCGCUGCUCUAUCUACUGGUGGUCACUAGUCCUCUUCUCUAUCUAGUGAUGGUCACUGGAUCUCCCCUCUAUUUUGUGGUGGUCAAUGAUUCUUCGUUCUAUCUAGUGGUGGUCACUGGAUCUCUGCUCUAUCUAGUGGUGGUCGCUGGAUCUCCGCUCUAUCUAGUGGGUGUCACAGGAUCUCUGCUCUAUCUAGUGGUGGUCGCUGGAUCUCCACUCUAUCUAGUGAUGGUCACUGGUUCCCCACUCUAUCUAGUGGUGGUCACUGGAUCUACGCUCUAUCUAGUGGUGGUCACUGGAUAUCCGCUAUAUCUAGUGGUGGUCACAGGAUCUCUUCUCUAUCUAGUGGUGGUCACUGGAUCUCCAAGUUAUCUACUGGUGGUCACUGGAUCUCCGCUCUAUCUAGUGGUGGUCACUGGAUCUCCGCUACAUCUAGUGGUGGACACUGGAUUUCCAAACUAUCUAGUGAUGUUCACUGGAUCUCUGCUCUAUCUUGUGGUGGUCACUGGAUCUACGGUACAUCUAGUGGUGUUCAAUGGUCCUCCCCUCUAUCUUUUGGUGGUCACUGGUAUUCCUCUCUAUCUAGUGGUGGUCACUGGUUCUCCGCUCUAUGUAUUGGUGGUCACUGGAUCUCCGCUCUAUCUAGUAGUGGUCACUGGAUCUCCGCUCUAUCUAGUGGUGGUCACUGGAUCUCCGCUCUAUCUAGUGGUGGUCACUAGUCCUCCCCUCUAUGUUGUGGUAGACACUGGUUCUCUGCUCUAUCUAGUGGUGGUUACUUGUUCUCUGCUCUAUCUAGUGGGGGCCACUGGUCCUCCUCUCUAUCUAGUGGUGGUCACUGGUUCUCCUCUCUAUCUAGUGGUGGUCACUUGUCGUCAUCUCUAUCUAGUGGUGGUUACUGGUCCUCCCCUCUAUCUAGUGGUGGUUACUGGUCCUCCCCUCUAUCUAGUGGUGGUUACUGGUCCUCCCCUCUAUCUUGUGGUAGUCACUGGUCCUCCCCUCUAUCUAGUGGUGUUCGCUGGUCCUCCUCUCUAUCUAGUGGUGGUCACUGGUCCUAGAAUAUAUCUAGUGGUGGUCACUUGUACUAUCAUCUAUCUAGUGGUGGUCACUGGACCUAGCAUCUAUCUAUUGUUGGUCACUGGUCCUCCCCUCUAUCUGGUUGUGGUCAUUCAUCCACCUCUCUCUUUUGAGUGGUGGUCAAGGCCCUAUUAUCUAUCUAACGAUGGUCACUGGUCCUCCUCUCUAUCCAGUUGUGGUCACUCGUCCUAGCAUCUAUCUAGUGGUGGUCACUCGUCAUUCUCUUUAUCAAGUGUUGGUGACUGGUCCUAGCAUCUAUCUAUAGGAGGUCACUGGUCCUAGCUUCUAUCUAGUGGUGGUCACUGGUCCUCCCCUCUAUCUAGUUGUGGUCACUGGAUCUCCGCUCUAUCUAGUGGUGGUCACUGGAUCUCCGCUCUAUCUAGUUGUGGUCACUGGUUCCCCACUCUAUCUUGUGGUGGUCCCUGGUUUCCCACUCUAUCUGGUGGUGGUCACUGGUCCUAUCAUCUAUGUUGUUGUGGUCCCUGCUCAACCCCUCUAUCUAUUGGUGGUCACUGGUCCUCCGCUCUAUCUAGUGGUGGUCACUGGUCCUAGCAUCUAUCUAGUGGUUGUCACUGGUCCUCCUCUCUUUCUAGUGGUGGUCACUGGUCCUCCCCGCUAUCUGAUUUGGUCACUCGUCAUCCUCUCUAUCGUGUGGUGGUCACUGUUCCUAGCAUCUACCUAAUGGCGGUCACUGGUCCUAGCGUCUAUCUAGUGGUGGUCACUGGUCCUGCCCUCUAUCUAGUGGUGGUCACUGGUCCUAACAUAUACAGUAUAUAGUGGUGGUAACUGGUCCUAGCAUCUAUCUAGUGGUGAUCACUGGUCCUAGCAUCUCUCUAGUGGUGGUCAAUCAUCCUAGCAUCUAUCUAGUGGUGAUCACUGGUCCUCAUCUCUAUCUAGUGGUGAUCACUGGUCCUCAUCUCUAUCUAGUGGUGGUCACUGGUCCUCCACUAUAUCUAGUAGUGGUCACUGGUCCUCCACUCUAUCUAGUAGUGGUCACUUGUCCUCCCCUCUGUGUAGUGGUGGUCACUGGACUUCCCCUCUAUCUAGUGGUGGUCACUGGCCCUCCUCUCUAUCUAGUAGUGGUCACUGGUCCUCCUCUCUAUCUAGUAGUGGUCACUGGUCCUCCUCUCUAUCUAGUGGUGGUCACUGGUCCUCCUCUCUAUCUAGUGGUGGUCACUGGUCCUAGCAUCUAUCUAGUGGUGGUCACUGGUCCUCCACUCUAUCUAGUAGUGGUCACUGGUCCUCCACUCUAUCUAGUAGUGGUCACUGGUCCUCCCCUCUAUCUAUUGGUGGUCACUGGUCCUCGUCUCUAUCUAGUAGUGGUCACUGGUCCUCCACUCUAUCUAGUAGUGGUCACUGGUCCUCCACUCUAUCUAGUAGUGGUCACUGGUCCUCCACUCUAUCUAGUAGUGGUCACUGGUCCUCCCCUCUAUCUAGUGGUGGUCACUGGUCCUCCCCUCUAUCUAGUGGUGGUCACUGGUCCUCAUCUAUAUCUAGUAUUGGUCACUUGUCCUCCCCUCUAUCAAGUGGUGGUCACUGGUCCCCCUCUCUAUCUAGUGGUGGUCACUGGUCCUCCACUCUAUCUAGUGGUGGUCACUGGUCCUCCACUCUAUCUAGUGGUGGUCACUGGUCCUCCUCUCUAUCUAGUAGUGGUCACUGGUUCUCCCCUCUAUCUAGUGGUGGUCACUGGUCCUCGUCUCUAUCUAGUGGUGGUCGCUGGUCCUCCCCUCUAUCUAGUGGUGGUCACUGGUCCUCGUCUCUAUCUAGUGGUGGUCACUGGUCCUCCCCUCUAUCUAGUGGUGGUCACUGGACCUAGCAUCUAUCUAGUGGUGGUCACUGGUCCUCCCCUCUAUCUAGUGGUGGUCACUGGUCCUAGCAUCUAUCUAGUGGUGGUCACUGGUCCUAGCCUCUAUCUAUGGGUGGUCACUGGUCCUAGCAUCUAUCUAGUGGUGGUCACUGGUCCUAGCAUCUAUCUAGUGGUGGUCACUGGUCCUCCCCUCUAUCUAGUGGUGGUCACUGGUCCUCCCCUCUAUCUAGUGGUGGUCACUGGUCCUAGCAUCUAUCUAGUGGUGGUCACUGGUCCUAGCAUCUAUCUAGUGGUGGUCACUGGUCCUCCUCUCUAUCUAGUGGUGGUCACUGGUCCCCCCCUCUAUCUAGUAGUGGUCACUGGUCCUCCCCUCUAUCUAGUGGUGGUCACUGGUCCUAGCAUCUAUCUAGUGGUGGUCACUGGUCCUAGCAUCUAUCUAGUGGUGGUCACU